UUUUCUUUUUUCAUCCCAGUCUCAUUAGAAGUGAAGAAGCAAGAGCUCCAUCCAGCUGGGCGUCGCAGCACCUGGGAAAGCCUGGAUGCGACUUUCCCAUUCCUGGCUGAGGAGAGGAAGCCACUUGCAGGACGAGCUGGGGAGGCAGGACCACAAUUCUCUGCAAUAGUUAUUCCCAUUUGCCAAUUGCUGUAGCUCACCAUGAGAGCGGCAGUUCGGGCUCAGUGUGCAGUGAAGCUAAUUCAUUCCCUCUGGAUAAACCUGAUUUUCAUGGAGAGCUGCAGUGCCAAGGUUCUGGAAAAGACGCUGGAACAAUGGAUGCAAUACAAGGAUGAGUGCUUUAAGAAAAUGGCCAAUGACCCCUAUCCCACAGGGAUCUUUUGCAACCGGACCUUUGACAUGUAUGCGUGCUGGCCAGAUGGAAGCCCAGGUGCCGUCGUCAAUGUCUCCUGCCCUUUCUACCUGCCCUGGUAUGAGAAAGUUCAACAUGGGCUGGCGAGCCGGAAGUGUGGCCUCGAUGGGCACUGGGUGCUGGUGAAUGGGACGGAUCUCUGGAGGGACCUUUCCCAGUGCAAGCAGGAGGUGGAAGCAGCUUUUGAAGAGGAGGGCAUCCACCGGCUGAUGGUUGGCUUCAAAGUCAUCUACACCGUGGGCUACACCUUGUCCCUGCUUGCGCUGCUCUUGGCUCUCCUCAUCCUCACUGUCUUCAGGAGGCUUCGCUGCACCCGGAACUACAUCCACGCAAAUCUUUUUGCUUCCUUUGGGCUCCGGGCCCUUUCCGUGAUUGUGAAGGAUGCGCUGCUGAAGAAGUUGUGGGAGAGGGAGGUUUUCCAGGUGUCUGAAUGGGAGACCUUCUUGAGCCACGAGGCUGCGAUUGGUUGCCGCGUGGCCCAAGUGAUGAUGCAAUACUGUAUUUUGGCCAACCACUACUGGUUCCUGGUAGAGGCCGUCUACCUGUACAAGCUUCUGAUUGGAGCUGUGUUUUCGGAAAAUAACUACUACACCCUUUACCUCUACCUGGGUUGGGGGACCCCUGUGGCCUUUGUGGUGCCGUGGAUGGCUGCCAAGUAUCUGAAGGAGAACACAGAGUGCUGGGGAGAGAAUGAGAACAUGGCCUACUGGUGGAUUAUUCGCAUCCCAAUUUUGCUUGCCUCUAUGAUCAACCUGUUGAUCUUCAUGCAGAUCCUGAAGGUGAUCCUGGGCAAGUUACGAGCCAAUCAGAAGGGUUAUGCGGACUAUAAACUGCGGUUAGCCAAAGCCACCCUCACGCUUGUCCCUCUCUUUGGGAUCCACGAGGUGGUCUUCAUCUUUGCCACAGAUGAACAAACCACAGGAGUUCUGCGUUACAUCAAGGUUUUCUUCACCCUCUUCCUUAACUCCUUCCAGGGUUUCCUGGUUGCCGUGCUUUACUGCUUUGCAAAUAAGGAGGUAAAGUUUGAAAUGAAGAAAAAAUGGCAACUCUGGAAACUGGACCACUCAGCUCUCUGUUGUACCCAGUGAGGAUGAAGGAGGGAAAUACUGCAGAACAGUUCUGGAAUCUAUGCAUCCUCUGUCAAGGCUCCCAUGGCACAGCAGCUGAUUCUCUGCUCCAUAAUGGACUGCUCUGGGUAGACAAGGGGUUGCCUUGAAAUAAUCAUCAACAGUGGCUACAGUCACAGCUCCAUUGGAAGAAAGAGGAAUGGACGUGACCGUUGCUACUUCUGCCACUAUGAGAAAGAUACUACUGGGCUGAGCCUCAGAACGAUGCAGUCCAGCUUCAGGAACGAUGGAGGGCUUGCCUUAACCUCUGGAAUACACUGAUGGAGCUCUAUGGGCCCAUGUGUGCCAUAUACCCGCAGGUAUGGUUCUAACGCAUAAAGGGGUCUUAACAGUGUCCUCUGCCAGCUGGCCCCAUGAGAGAGCAGCUGCCAUUGAUAAGCACACCUCUUAUAUAAUUGGCAUUAAAAAAAAACAAACCAGAAUCUGCUUCUAGAAUCAUGGCGAAUUCUGGGCCAAGAUCAAGGUAUGCAGGCUGAAUCAAAGAAGAGAACCUUCUUAGCUCUGCUUCUGGAAACUGAAGCACAUAAGAGGCAAUGAGGUAAGAUGGUUUUGCCCUCAACUGCAAACCAGGCCCCGAAAACUGACACAGGGACCCCAGAAUACUCCCCCUAACAGUAAAUCUCAGUGUGAAUCCCCAAAGUGGGAGAACCCAGGACUCUUCUCGGACAUGCAGCAUUCUGCAACCACAGCCACUGCUCAGUGAAAAGGGGAAAGGUUCUGACACAUCACUUCCUCAGUUGCACCUAACUAAGUAGUGUGAUACAUCCUUUGCAUUGUAAACAACUGGCAUUACUUUAUUUCACAGUGGCUCUAAAGCACAAGUUAUUCCUGCUCUGUGGCAGGUGAUAAAAUAAAGACCUCUUCUUCCUAUCUUAUCCAAGCCACAUGCCCAUAGGAUGCCAUGAGAGACUAUCAAGGCUGCCUCAAUGUUGCAAGGCACUGUUGUGAUUGACAGUUCUAAUUGGCAUCAGGCCUCCUUUUAUUUUAUAUUGAAUGGGGAAACUUAUGGUACAGGGACAAAAAUAUAGAGAAUGUGGCUCUAUAUGAACAUGUCCACAUUGGAACAAUACUAGAAGGGGCAGGUGGCCAUACAGGAGAAGAACCGUACGUUCAUGUUAUAUUAUAAAAUGUAAAUAAAAACUUUCU